GUGGUUUAUCUGGGCUGUAGUGUAGCCGUCAGCCGCGCGCGCUCCAGAGCCAUUUCCAGGAUAAGCUGUGCGCAGAGCGAGCGGUGCAGCCUGCUGGAGCCGAGCAGCACGGACCGCCCGGGGAAGGAGUCCUCGUUCCUCAGGACGAUGGUGUUGGACAAGGAAGAGGGUGUGCCGAUGCUCUCCGUCCAGCCCAAAGGAAAACAGAAGGGGUGCGCUGGCUGCAAUCGCAAGAUUAAAGACCGCUACCUGCUCAAGGCCCUGGACAAAUACUGGCACGAGGACUGUCUGAAAUGUGCCUGCUGCGACUGCCGCCUGGGGGAGGUGGGCUCCACCCUCUACACGAAAGCCAACCUCAUCCUCUGUCGCAGGGACUACCUGAGGCUCUUUGGUACGACGGGGAACUGCGCAGCCUGCAGUAAACUGAUCCCAGCCUUUGAAAUGGUGAUGAGAGCCAGAGAUAAUGUUUACCAUUUGGACUGUUUUGCCUGUCAGCUUUGUAACCAGAGGUUUUGCGUGGGGGACAAGUUUUUCCUUAAAAACAACAUGAUUUUGUGUCAAAUGGACUAUGAGGAGGGCCAGCUCAACGGCAGCUUUGACACGCAGGUUCAAUAGUUGGGGGGGGAGGAAACUCACGGGCAGCAACAAUCAGCUCCACACUUUACACACAAGAUGGAUGUUCUGCUGCACUCAAAAAGAGACAAGCGUCCGUCUGCUUGCCUGCAAUACUUUUUAAGACCCCUUUAUCAGUCCCUAAGGACUCUGUUGUAAAUGUUCAACUUUUGCCCCUCCCACCUCCCCCCAAACACUGAGCAGUUACAAACGUUGAUGUACAGUUGUGCCUGCUUAGCUGAGCACUGUAUUGCUUGUAUGUUUUUGUGAAACUUGAUUUCAAGGUUUGUUUUUCUUCUCCUUUUAGAAAUGGUUAAUUGGAGGGUAUGUACAGUCUGUUUUCUCUGUAUAUAUAAACUGGAACAUUUAUUUUAUGAAAUGUAAUGCAAUUUUAUUACUAGUGUGAAUUAAAGAUUCAUAAAUGUU